UAUCGUCCGCGCCUCUCCCCGUCGAAAUCCCGAUCUCGAUCUCGGAUUUUGGUCCCAAAAAUCCUGUCAGUGCGAAGAUCCGGCCGCAAAUUUUCCGUGUAGUCGAAGCUAGCUUCUGGAUUUGAUCGCUCGUCUCAGCGGCGUCGCUGCGAUUUUCGGAAGAUCGGUGUAGAUUAUCCGCGUAGUUCUGUGGAUCCUUCGGGUUGCGCGUUUUUGAAUUUGCCGCACUGUAUAAUCGAAAUUGAAACCACGCGCUUUUUAGUUUUGUUAUUUAACUGCGAUACAAUUCCGAGAAAAUUUCCCGGUGCUCCGGAAUUUUGGUUUUAUUGAAUGUACCUAUUUCAUCGGAUGACCGAUUUUCUUUUCGGUUCUUAGUUGGGUUUUUAAUAAAGUAGAAGGUUUCUCGCUCGUAUGAGAUUUUCGCGCGGCGUGGAAGUGACGUGUUUGCCACCGCGUGGACCGUAGUCCUGAUGAACCCAAGUUCGGCGAACAAGUGCGGUGAAGGAAGCGUUGCAUCGGGCAAUUUUUGAAGUGAAAGUGCAUCAUUGGACCUUACGAUGGAUUUGAGCAUUUCGUCCCUGUUGCCCUGGGACAGAACCGAGGCUGCCCUCAUCUAGUCACGGUGGAGCAGCGGAGUUUUCCGGGGGCCGGGUCGGACAUGCAGGGGAGCAUGGAGUGCCCCCACCCAUGGGGUCAUGGGGCCUACCCCCCCGUCCCCCCGCUCCCCCUCGUCCCGUCGUACCCCCAGCUCCAGCCCCCGUGCCCCUACGGCGCCUACCAGGCUGUCUCCCCGGAAUACUAUGACUACUACGGCGGACCCAGUUCGAGUCGGAAGAUGCGGAAUCUGGCAGAGAAAGCGCGGCGAGAUAAGCUCAACAAUUUGAUAAAUAAAUUGGCAAAUUUAGUUCCUAUGGUUUCAGUCUCCUCAAAGAAGUUGGACAAAACCAGUAUCCUCAGGCUCAGCGCCACCUUCAUUCGCAUGCAUCAACUGUUAAAAGAAGACACCGCUCUGUGUCAUCAAACGCCACAGUUCUUCGAUUCGAUCAAUUGGGCACAGAUUGUGCUAGAGGACAUCGCUGGCAUGAUGCUGAUCGUGACCGCUGGUGGGAAGAUCAUUUUUGUGUCAUCGGCAGUGGAGAAGAUGCUCAAUUAUCCACAGCUGGAGUUGUUCGGUCAGGACCUAGAGAAGAUCACCCUGCCUGAGGACCGUGAUACCUUGCGUCGGAAUCUUAUGCCUGAUUUUGACCCCGACACAACUUUCCUGCAGAGCCAAGUUGCAGAUAGUUCUGUUUCGGUUUCAAAUGAGGACAGUUGCAGCUCAGGUGACACAGUAACAUUUUCAGGGUCAUCAUGCUCAGAUCAAAGCUGUGGUCAGGGAGUGAGUAGUGGUAGUGGGGUAAGUGGAACUACGUGGAGUUCGAGUGGAAACCAGGGCAAUGUGGAGUACGAAAAGCAGAAGCGAUCCUUCUUCAUUCGACUCCAAAUACGUAGCACAUCCAAGAGUGUCAAAGCUCAGUAUGAAUAUGUUCACAUUCACGGCCACCUUCGUGUCCCGGUGGUUCCCCGGUCUGCUGCAGGCUCAACACGCAGCAAAAAUAGAGAAACUGUGAUAAGUGCAAAUGAAGUUUACCUAAUAGCUGUUGUCAAACCAUUCAAAGAAAUUAAAGUAUCGGAUCUAAGUUUGUUAGAGUGGAGCAAAGAAAUGUACAAGACACAGCAUGAAAUGAAUGGAAAUUUCUUAUACACCGACCAAAGGAUAUCAACUGUUGCUGGAUACCUGGCUUAUGAAGUCAAGGGAGAGUCAGCGUUCAAUUAUAUGCACAAAGAUGAUGUAGGAUGGGUUCUUGUUGCACUAAGACAAAUGCUCAUAGAAUCAAAUGGCCCAGGCCUUAGCUGCUACAGGCUGAAAACAAAGACUGGCAAAUUUAUUCAUAUGCGGACACUUGGCUUCGUUGUGCAAAACGAUGAAGGUCAAGCGGAAACAUUCAUCUGCAUCAACACGCUUAUUACGGAGGAAGAAUUCAAUUCUGAAUUCGCUGCCCUUCGACAAAGAUUUACGCCAAUGAUUGAGAAUCAGUCAGAGGAGCCCGGCCUAAAUGCAAUAGCCUCAGUAUUAUCUGAAAAUGGCGGUAGGAGUUCACCAGAGCAAUUGCCGGAAACAAAAGACCCGAACGAGCUGACUGUGGCAGUUAAAACCCUGAUCUCAGAUGUAAAGCAAGUGAAUCCAAAUAUCAAAGAAAGCCUCACAAGCAGCAGUGGAGAGGCGUCUACGUCGGCCUCCUGUCAACAGCUAGUGCCUGUCAACAGCUCUAAAUUACUGGAGAAGUCAGUCAUAGCACCUCCAGGAAGACCUCCCUGCACCUCCCUUGCUCAGGAUCGACCAUCCGUCCUUCGUGUGAAACACUCUGACACUGUUUCUGUUGUCAGUCCUAACAGUGUCUCAUUCCUAGCGAGGCGCAAAAGUGUUGUUUCACAUAGUAGUCAAGCUGAGGUUUCAGAGCGACUUGCUGCGUCACCUGUGGUCUGCUCCAACGAGCAGACAGUUGUGUGCAGUCAUGAUAGGGACUCAGUGGUCAAAGUCAAGCGGAAGUCUGGCGCGGAGGAGGGGCUCAACUCCUUGUGCAUGAAGCGACAGCGAUGUGAGCUGCCAGCGCGCUCCCCAGAGGCUGCGUCUAUGGCGCAGUCACCGCCCAGCCUCGUCAACUCAUCCUUAUAUUCAUCAUCUACACUCGACACCUCUUCCUCCUCGUCAUCUCUGUCAUCGUCGAUGUUCGGCUAUGAUUCAGCUCUCAGCCAGCUGGAGCUAGACAAGCCCCAGGACUUGGACAGCCUGGGACUCGUUGUUGGUGACUGUGAAUUUAAUUCCGAUACUCUGGGAGCCCUUCAAACAGGGGUAGAUGAUGUGCAAUCUAUUAUUAAUCCAGUAUUACAUCCUCCCGAGUCUUGGGGUUGUGAGCCAGAGGUUUUAAGGCGAAAUCAUGUGUUGCUGGAUUCGAGUCUUGGAUUGCAAGAGCAGCAGCUGGCUUCAAUGGAGCACAAUACCUCCCAAAGUCUUGUUACACAUCAUGUUAUCAACACGACGUUCAAAUUCCGCUCAACUUGAGUCUUGGCCGGAAAAUUUGGAGGUCCUGGGGAUGGAAAAACAUGAUGUUGUGAACCUUUGCAGAAACAUGAAAGGAAGUGUUGAGGGAAUGAAACUGACUCGCAAGCGGGUUUGUGCAAAAUCAAAAUUAACUGUUGCUCUCUAUCCAUUGUACCUCUCAUUUUAUGUGAUUCCUCAUUUUCCUGUAAGUAAGGUUAUGUUUGCCCCCAGAAGUCUAAAACUUAUGUGUCAACUCGUUGGGCUCGUUAGAAUUUGCUCAUGAGUCCAUUGAAAUUCUAUUGCAUCAAAUCAGGAAAGUAACUCUGAGAUCGGUCGAGGAAGAACGAACGUUUUAUAAAGAUCCAUUGAGUUUUGCUCAAACAAGGCUGAAUUUCACUGUCUUCAGUGACUGCUAUCAGAAAGUGAUUUUUAAUUUAAGAGAAAGGUACAAAAGUGUCUCAGGUGUUCGUCUUCUUAUAUAAAUAUUGUACUAUUUUCUAGAACAAAAAUGUUCUAUAAUUAUUUUUUCUAUCAUUUUCUUGUUUUUUUUGGUUUACUUAGAACCCCGUUUCAUUUUACCUCUUAAUGGAUCCUUCCUGCCGCAAUUGUGUUGAUGUAAGUUUUAUGCUUCAGGGCAGGGCCUAUUGUACUUUCACAAGAUUACAAGUUUGACACUUUUUUGAAUUAUUUAAGACAAUUUUCAUUUUCAUUUGAAGGACCUAAAAACAUCUAGAAACGAUGAAUUUGCUAUUUUUUCUUCCUUUGUUUAUUAACAAUACUUAGUUACCUUCCUGGUGAGUCGUAAUUCAUGAGGAAGAAAAAUCGGGAAAUAGCAUUAUGAAUCGUCUACAAGACUUGUAACCUUGUUGUUUUGUGCAGUAAGCCCUUGCUUUUCUCGUAUCUCAUGAUUUCUUGUCCAGAUAAAUUUCCUUGUUGUGUAUAUUUUUAUGGUUUGUAGAGUUGAAACUUAUUUUAAAUUUUUUGUUGGACAGAAGAAAUAUUGUAACAUAUUAAUGGAAAGAAAACUAGAUUUAAUCAAUGACUUUCAUUUUUGUCAGCCAUUGUGACUUAAAACUUAUUUUCAACUGAUGUACAGUUAUUGUUGAAUAUUUUUCAGAAAUAUCCAAGUUAUGUUUUGUUUUCAACGAAAUUCAUUUUAUCUAGGUUUCAGCAAUGAAAGCUUGGUAGGUUUGGAAACGUUUCUAAUUGUGAGAACUAUCUCAGGAUUUCAUUUUAUUUUUAUUAUUAAUAGAGGCUGGGUUUGGUUCACUAUUUUGUAGCCAAAGUAAUAAAAAAGUAAUUUUUAAAAUAAAAAAAAUUAAAAUAGUUUGAAUGGUUUCAAGUUCUAACUUUAUCUAUUGGUCCCUCUCAAGAUUUUUCUCGACUUUUAUAUGGUUGAUUUAUAAAAUUUUACCUCAAAUAUUCUGUCUCAGUUUUGUGUAUCUCUGCCAUUAAAAUUGUUACCAAUAACUUCAAUCUCAAGGUAUUGAUUUUGAGGCUUGAAAUAUUUUAAUUUGGAUUUUAGAUCGCGGAAGGUUUGAAAGUUAAAUCUUACCAUGAAUAUUUUCUGUUAAAAAAUAACAGG